CAAAUAACAAUUUCGAAUGAGUAAGUUUUGCUUGUCAUCGCCGCUUAAAAUUACGGUGAAGCGGUGAAUUGUAUUUUUGAUUUGUAUCCCAAAUCUGGCUUUGUAGUUUUUUCAUUAAAUAUAAUUUUUAACUAUUUUCAAUAACAUAAGUUUGAACAAUGAGUUCCAUUGGAACCGGGUAUGAUUUAUCAGCUUCUCAAUUCUCACCCGAUGGUCGAGUGUUUCAAGUGGAAUAUGCUGCAAAAGCUGUUGAGAAUUCUGGUACAGUUAUUGGCUUAAGAGGAAAGGAUGGAGUAGUGUUUGCUGUAGAAAAACUUGUAACAUCGAAAUUGUAUGAACCUGGUGCUAAUAAGAGAAUAUUCCAUGUUGAUGAACAUGUUGGCAUGGCAGUUUCUGGUUUAAUCUCAGAUGCAAGGCAAAUAGUUGAAACAGCACGUUCUGAAGCCUCAAACUACAGAUCUCAAUAUGGCAUCCCAGUCCCACUGAAAUACUUAAAUGAGCGUGUAUCUAUGUAUAUGCAUGCCUACACAUUAUACAGUGCUGUACGUCCAUAUGGGUGUGCUGUGAUCAUGGGGUCUUGGUCUGAGCAUGAUGGUCCUCAAAUGUUCAUGCUGGAACCCAGUGGAGUCUCUUUUUCAUACUUUGGAUGUGCAGUAGGAAAGGCAAAGCAAGCGGCCAAAACUGAAAUUGAAAAGCUGAAACUUGCUGACAUACCAGUUAAAGAUCUUGUUAAAGAAGCUGCCAGAAUAAUUUACCUUGUCCAUGAUGAAUUGAAAGACAAACAAUUCGAGCUUGAAUUAUCCUGGGUGUCUAAGGACACCAAAGGUCGUCACCAGUUGGUGCCUAAAGAAAUUGCUUCUGAAGCUGAGAACCAAGCGAAACAAGCACUGGCUGAUAUUGAGGAUUCAGAUGAAGGGGAUAUGUAAAUAAUAAAAUUUUGAUACAUA